AUGACAGACAGCCCGAUCCAUCUGCAGACUGCAUCAUUUGGUAUUCUGGACGACAGAGUAGUUGUGGACCUUGAGUACCUGGAGGAAACUGGAACACCUGGAGGAAACUGGAGGACCUGGAGGAAACUGGAGCACCUGGAGGAAACUGGAGGACCUGGAGGAAACUGGAGCACCUGGAGGAAACUGGAGCACCUGGAGGAAACUGGAGGACCUGGAGGAAACUGGAGCACCUGGAGGAAACUGGAGCACCUGGAGGAAACUGGAGGACCUGGAGGAAACUGGAGCACCUGGAGGAAACUGGAGGACCUGGAGGAAACUGGAGCACCUGGAGGAAACUGGAGCACCUGGAGGAAACUGGAGCACCUGGAGGAAACUGGAGGACCUGGAGGAAACUGGAGCACCUGGAGGAAACUGGAGCACCUGGAGGAAACUGGAGGACCUGGAGGAAACUGGAGCACCUGGAGGAAUUCUGGAGCAGCCACAGGGAGAGCAUAUAUACUCCACUCAGGAAGACCCUAUUCUGCCCAGGAUUCAAACCCAGAACCUUCUUUUCGUUCCCUUCAAACGAGACAGAAGGUUUUGUGGUUGGAGCUGCCGUUCGUGGUGCAGCCCGGUAUCUGCAGUUCUGUCCUCGACCGUGACGCACGACAGCCGCUGGAGAGACAGUGUUCAGGCUUCUUCUUCUCUCAGCGUUAA